AUGACAGAGGUCAAGUCCUCCUACUCGGACUUCAUCUCGUGUGACCUGGCAGGUCAUGGGAACACUGUGUCCAACAUCCAGGGAGACUCCGAGGCGGUGAGCAUACGAAAGCUGGCUGGAGACUUGGGCAAGCUGGCCGUCGAGGGAGCAGAAGGGCAUGUGGGAGCAAGCGCCCCAGACAAGGCAGCAAGCACCCAACCUGAGAGCAGCAAUGGGACCACCUCUUCCUGA